UUGUUCGUUAAAAGGCAGUGGCUAUUUUACACACUGUGAGACAGUGUGUAUGCGUUAGUUUUAUCGACUGUCGCACUCUUGUGAAGACUGAAAAUUUGUAAGAAGGGAAUAUUUUCACAAAAUAGUUUGUCCUUACUUUGGUCAUUUCAAAACUUUGGGAGUGUGGCAGCAUCUGGUAAGAAUCUCCUAUGUGUGCAAGAAUAAUUCAUCAACAACAACCCCUUGCUCAUAAUCAUGUAGCAAGCCGCUUCCAUCGGGCCGUCUUCUGUCUCAGGCUCACCUCUCAUGACCUGCCCGUCACUCAGCCCACUUACAUUAAAGGGUGAUGAGUGAUGGGAGUAGACAGAAUGAAGAAGAGGCAUGGCGAGGAGAGGACAGUCUUCCAUUUCCUACAGAAGAAUCUGGAGAUGUCCCACCAACUGAUGAUCAUUUGGGAUAUCUGACAGAGCAAGAAACCUAUUUCAGUCUUCUCCGAGGACCGCACCCGUCCUCACGUCUUCCCAGCUCACCUGCUGGGGUUUUCUACUCCGUUCACCUGCCACCCUCAGGGAGAGCAAAUAGUGGCUAUCAUUCAAUAAGGCCGCCAAGUACUGAAGUACACUUCCAGAAUUAUAUGCAACGCCAUAGCAGUAAUUCCAUCAAUGAUGCUGAUGACAAUGAUGACUUCGGACACAGCGAUCUCUCAGAGUCACUGCAGGGCAGCUAUAAUACUGGCAUGGCUAAUCUUCGGGAAGUGAGUCUUGGAGAUAGAGGCCUCAUGGGUGUCCCUGCUGAAUCAUCUCUGGAUGACAGUGUUCCCCGUGUUCCCUGUAUUCCCCUUCUGGAGGUGAAUGAUGAGCUGUAUGCCACAGGGCCCACACCACUACUGAGGGAUGACAACAGUCAUCUGGAACAGACCUGUAGAAAGUCUGUAUAUGACCUAGUGUCUGAGGAACGGGAGGCAGAGAAUGAGGAGGAGCACAUCGAGCAGACGGACAUCGAACAGACAGACAUCGAGCAGACGGACAUCGAGAAGACGGACAUCGAGAAGACGGACAUCGAGCAGACGACUGUGGUCAGUGUAAAUACACCUACACUUGAGCUGACUUCCAUUGCUCAAACAAGUGGAGAACAGAAUGCAACUGUUAAUGUACCUGUGACUGAAACAGUUCCGAGACAAGCUGCUUCAACAUCAGGCUAUCAUACAGGCACAGAUGCAGAGCCAGGGCAGCGUGCAGACAAGUUGCAGACACUGGUGAAGUGUGAAAAACAUGAACCGUCCCAGCACUCUGUGGAGCCGCCUGAGCAGGGUCAAAUCCAGCACCUGCGGGGUAGCACCACGCCGACUCCAGGCUCGGGACUUGCAUCCCACGUGUCUCGCCACACACACAGAAGUCAAGAGGCUCUGCAUGGAGAGGAGAUGGGGGAGGGCAAUGAUGGUGACAAUGAUUUGGGGUUAUAGAUAAAUUAAAUCCGACCCUUGUGCUUAUAUAUCAAAUAAUCCACACUUGUAUCAGAACUCUGUUGUUGGAAGGUUUGAGACAAGUCAAUCAUAUUUGUAGGUGAUUGUUGCUCUUUUGAGUGAGAGUUUGAUUCCUCGAUCUCUUUGUGAUAGAGUGUAUCUGUAACAGUGUUCAACACAACUUUUACCAGAAGUGUCAUUUUAAAUUUGAGUUGCUAUGUGAUUUUAAAUCACGUUUUGAUAUUGGAUUUUUAUCUUGUUAUUGACUGUAAGACAGAAUUGUUAAAAUAUUUUUGGGAGCAUAAUAUUCUUUCACAUGUUCAACAGAUGCAAUCAGUUGUAAUCAUGUUUUAGAAUUAUAUUACUGUUUGAUGUAUGUUGUUGUUUGGACAGUAAUCAACAUAUCAAUGUUAAACCUUUUUCACAGUCUUUUACUGUUAUUUAAAUCUACUUAUAACUUAAGGCUAAAUUAAUUUAUCAAACAAAUAAUUAAUUUGCCUGAUUGAUGUUUACUUAAUAUGAGGACAAGUUGCCCUUUUUGAAACCCGCCAAAUAGUUUGUACCAUUAAAGAAUUCAAGUAGUAUAUUUUAAUAACAUGCCUUCUGUUAUGAUGAUAUUUUUAAAAAGGAAGAAUACGGCAUCAUAUUUUAGUAUUGACCUAAUCAGCCAGUAUUUUUUGAGAACAUGCUCAAGCAAAGAAUAUUUUGUUCGAUAUUUAAUGCUUUUUUUAGAAAUGACUUGCUCAAUAAGUACGCAUGUUCCUGUUGUUGUUGGGUUCAACUAAGGGAGGUAACUGUAGAAAAUGUUGUGCAGCAGGUGAAACUUGUUGAUGUGGUGAUAGAGCUUGUAUAUGUUACUGAAAGACUAUGAUAUAAGUCAUUUCAUGUCUGAUUAGUAGGGUUAGUCAUUUCAUCAAAUGAUGAAUUUUUCUCAUUACCAGACAUUUCAUGAAAUAUCAUUUGAAAAACCACAGUCUGAAUAUCAUAUAUAUAACAAUGGCUCAUGGAGUGGAGUGGAUCUUCAUCAUAUAUGCAAUAUUUUUAAAUGAAUGUGAGUGAGUGCUGCAAUCUGAUUGGUUGAAAACAUUGUUAUGUUUGUACUGGACUCUGGAAAUCUUUUGGUGUUAUCACUGUGUACAAAUAUUUUGUUUUUCUCGAUCAAAAUUUACAAAAAACAACAGACUAUGCCUUUCUUCUUUGCCUUAAUAGAUUCCUGGGGGCAUGGGUGGCCCAGUCGUCUAAGGCGCCACGAUUCGUUGUGGAGAGUUGCGUCCCUUGGGCGCACCAGAAACCUAUGAUUGUUCACCCUGAUUAUGUUUCUAGGUUUGUCAGCA